AUGAGGAGAGAACACACUCUCACAGACGAGAUGAGGAGAGAACACACUCUCACAGACGAGACGAGGAGAGAACACACUCUCACAGACGAGACGAGGAGAGAACACACUCUCACAGACGAGACGAGGAGAGAACACACUCUCACAGACGAGACGAGGAGAGAACACACUCUCACAGACGAGAUGAGGAGAGAACACACUCUCACAGACGAGACGAGGAGAGAACACACUCUCACAGACGAGACGAGGAGAGAACACACUCUCACAGACGAGACGAGGAGAGAACACACUCUCACAGACGAGAUGAGGAGAGAACACACUCUCACGGACGAGAUGAGGAGAGAACACACUCUCACAGACGAGAUGAGGAGAGAACACACUCUCACAGACGAGACGAGGAGAGAACACACUCUCACAGACGAGAUGAGGAGAGAACACACUCUCACAGACGAGACGAGGAGAGAACACACUCUCACGGACGAGAUGAGGAGAGAACACACUCUCACAGACGAGAUGAGGAGAGGACACACUCUCACGGACGAGAUGAGGAGAGAACACACUCUCACAGACGAGACGAGGAGAGAACACACUCUCACAGACGAGACGAGGAGAGGACACACUCUCACAGACGAGACGAGGAGAGGACACACUCUCACGGACGAGACGAGGAGAGAACACACUCUCACAGACGAGACGAGGAGAGAACACACUCUCACAGACUAG